AUGUCGAAGGCUACUAUGCUGCAGGAGGCAGGUAAUCUUACUGAGCUCAUGAAGCUUGCCGCGAUCGUGGAUGACCCGGUCGCCCAUGUUCACAUCUACACCGAGCUCUGCAAGGGAUACGUCCGCAGCGGUGACGUUGUUGGCGCCGAGCGGAUUGUCUUGCACGACAUGGCAGCCCGUGGUCUGACGCCCACGGCUAGCAACUUUGCCGUCCUCAUCCGCGCCUACGCCUUUGAGGGGCGCCCGGACGAGGCCAACCGCAUCGUGAGCCGGAUGCUCAGCUACAAGAUCGAGCCAGACAACCGCUGUGUCUCCAUGCUCGUCAAGAGCCACGCCGUUGCUGGAGACCUUGACGCGGCGUGCAAGCUCAUUCAGAAUGCCCCGCUGCUCUACGGCACAGAGGUCACCCCCCGCGCGUACGAGGCCGUCUACAUGGCUUAUGCCGCCGCCGCCGACUAUCCGCGCGCGCUCCACUGGAUCAAGGUCAUGUACCAUACGACGACCAGGCUCCGGUACGGACCGAUUGUCCGCAUUGCUGCGGCCAUGCCUCUCGAGGCACUCGAGGCGCUUGUUGACCUUCUCUCUAACGAGUUUGGUCUUUGCCCACCGCUCGGCGUGUGGAUGCUGCUGCUGGUCAAGUACCACGACGCGCGCCACGGCGAGGACGCCUACAACCUCGCGCACCACAUCCUCGACAUGCGCUUGAGCCUCAACCUCAAGAACUACAAGGCCAUCAUGAACGUGCUCGCCUUUGUCGGCGACGUUUCUGCCGUGUACAACGCCCUCACCAUGCUUGUGGAUGACGGUCUGUCGCCCGACAAGUGCAUCCUCGCAAUCGUCCUCAAGGCUCACAACAACGCCCAGAGCGACAGCGGGCUGGCUCGGCAGACGUGGCAGCGCGCGCGCGCAGCAGGCGUUGAGCCUGACGAGCGCUGCUACUACUUGAUGUUCCGCAUCUUGGCGUGGAACAAGUCGACCACCGAGAGCCACGCCAUCGGCCUCUUCACUGCUUGCCUCAAGCGCAACAUGUUCAACCAGCACGUCGCCAAGAGCGCCCUCUGGUGCGCCGCCACCCAUCGCUUCCGCCGGCUUGCCAACCUCGUCGAUCGCGCCUACACUGCCGACUUUGGCGCCCACACGCCAGCGACGCUGAAGCCCCUGAUGCGCCUCGCAUAG